AUGACAGCAAAGAAAGCAGCAAAAGAAGCAUUAUUAAAAGGAGUAAAGAGUACACACGUCUCUUUUGACGAUGAAGGAAACGAACAAAAAGUAGAAACUGUUACUAAAGGAGAGAAAAAGAGAAGAAGUGAAGAACAAGUCUCAGAAAAGAAGACAAAGAAAGUUAAAAAGCUCAAAACGAAAAAGCCAGAAGAAACAAAAACGGACAGUAAACAAAAAGAAGCGUUUGAGUACCUUCGAUUGUUUGUAAAUGACAGAAAGAAUUGGAAAUUCAAAAAGGUGUUACAAACAUGGAUUCUUCAAAGUUUAUACAAGAUGCCUAAAAGUGAAUUUGAUAAUGCAUUGGAAUAUUUAAAAGAUUUGCAAGGCGCCUCACGUGAGAAAACAAAGAAAGAGGCACAAGACAGAAUACCAAAGAAUUCUAUUGGAAAUAAUUUGACAGGAUAUACUAAUGUCAGUAAUGAUGACUUUGAUGAUUUUGACGCAGAAAAGUUAUUAGCACAAGUAUCAGUGACACAGUCAAGCACUAAGCAAGACGAAUCAGAGGAAGUUAGACGUGCAAGAUUAAUUGUAGAUACGCUUUUAUAA